AUGGCGAAAAGAUCCAUUUAUUUCUGUGGUAGUAUCCGAGGUGGUCGAAAUGAUGCCCAAUUCUAUGCCAAAAUUAUUCAGCAUUUAAAGCAAUAUGGUGAUAUACUGACAGAACAUGUUGGCCAUUGCGGACCUGAAGAGGAAGGCCUUGAUGAUAAAACUAUCCAUGAUCGCGAUCUAGCUUGGCUGCUACAAUCGGAUGUGAUUGUUGCAGAAGUAACGCAACCAUCGUUAGGUGUCGGCUACGAACUUGGCAGAGCAAUCGCUGCUGAUAAACUAGUUUUAUGCCUAUUUCGACCAGAUUCAGGACGUCGUCUAUCCGGAAUGAUUCGUGGAGCAAUUAACAGUGUAAACUUUUUCGUCGAGGAUUAUCAUCAAGAUGAAUAUGCCAGUAAAAUCGACCAGUUUUUCACCGUUCGUGUGACUCGGCCAUAA